GCACUUCUUCAUUCCGUGUGUGACUUUCUUCCAGUGAAGAUUUGUUUUGUUGAAGGGGAUCUCCGUCGUGAUCAGUGAAUUUGCAUUUCUGUCUGUGCACAGCGAGUAGCCUUAAAACGCGAAAAUGCAUGACCAAAACAAUGGCAAGGAACGGAAGGAAAUCUCCGAGGUGCCACCGAUGAGCCGCCUGUUCAUCAUCUGCGGCCGUAACGUGACCCAGGAAAUGCUAACCAAGCACUUCCAGGACGAUGGCGAAAUCGAGGAGUGUGUUGUCAUUAAAGACAAGAACACUGGCGUCGGAAAGGGAAUUGCCUAUGUAAAGUUUACCAAGACUUCUUCGGCUGCACGGGGUCUUCGCAAAAAUGGUUCCUAUCUGGAUGGCGAAACGCGUCCGAUUAAGGUCAUGAUUUCGGCAAGCUACCAGAAAAAGCGCGAAGAGGGCCAUCCAGAAGAGGUGCAUGAAUACAAAUUCCGUCGUCUUUUCGCCGUUGUUCCUAACUCCAAGAGCGAGGAAGCGAUCAGAGAAGAGUUCAAAAAGUUUGGUGAAGUUACCCAAGUUCGCUUGGUACCAGAUAAGAAGAACCAAAGCCAAUGUGCUGCCUACAUCACGUUCACCUCGUUCUUGGAGACCUCUCUGGCCAUCGAAGGUUCCCCUGCAAGCUACCGGGCUAAAUUUUGUCUUCCUCGUGAAGCUCUGAAGGGAAAUGACAACGACAACAGUGGCUCUUCAUCUGGCGGCUUUGCUAACCGGAAGCGCACUCACUCACCUCAAUCGAAACGACAAGGAAGCGGUGGUGACGUCAAGUUGGUUGUCAUUUGCAGCAGCGAUCUGAACCAGGACCGCCUCUGGAGGAUCUUUGACAUUGCCCCCGGAAUGAAGUAUUGCAACAUUGUCACCCAAAAUGACAUUAACACAACCGCUUCCGUUGUCUACUGUACCCAAGAAGAAGCACAACGGGCAGUGGACAAAAUCCAUGGCCUGGAAUACCCUAUUGGAGAGCGAGUGAUUGUGCGGUUCGAGAACGAAUUCCGGGAAGAAGUAGUCACCAACGACGCACUCUCACAACUGGGACCACCAAAACCGUUGCUGAAUCCCAAUACCACCCAGUGUGCCAAGAAAGCAUUCUUCAUCUGCAUGCCGGAAGCAAUUCCCGUUCGAAUGCUUCAAGAUGCUUUCUGUCGCUUCGGAGAUCUCAUCAACGUAAAUCUGGUGCCAAAUAGGCGCCAUGGUUAUGCUGCUUUCGCCAGUGACAUCGCUGCUGACCGGGCCAUUCAACAGCUGCAUGGAAUGCAAAUUGGAGAUUGCCGGUUGAAGGUUCUUGAGUGCAUGGAAAAGAAUGAUGGCCAAAAGAGGCAGCGCAUGGAACACUAAACAUCACAGAGCGAAAUUUUAACUAAAAGACUCAGAGAACGCAACAGAAAGAGAACCACACAUACUUGAACAAUGAUGGAACGAUCCGCUCAGGUUGAAAUAGAAAGUAUUAAAAUGAAUCAAUGCAACUGCAGAAAUGAUUUGAUUUUACUUUCCGAAACCAACAAAACUAAAAUACUGAACGUGAGAAUCGUCGGCCAACAGUUUUACUCCUUACUUCUAAUGGAACAAUGAUUGCUGAACUACCAAAACAAAAACUGAAUAAUUUAAGUUUCUGAAAGUCGUAUCCACUUUACGAGUAUAAUGGAUAAAAUAUAUUUUCAAACAGUAUGAAAACGGAAACUUAACAAACCAAAAACAAAAUUGAAACUGUUUCCAGAUAAGAAUAAUGGCAGAAAAUGAACAUAAUACUAUGCAAUAUCCUGAAUUGUGGAAAAAAAAUGUCUGAAUAAAAUAUCCAUCAAGCACUUAAAAAUAAUUAACUAUGGUGUAAUAAAUUUGUAUGAUUCCAGUCGUGUUUAUUUAUCGGUUUACUAAAUUUUAGUUUCGUUGAGUACGGCAGGAGUUCGUAACAUAAGUUGGAACAAUAAACGUAGUGGUUGAUCCCCUUUAA